CUUUUUAUGGCCACCUAACUGCGGACUGAAGAAUACGACCGUCUUGCCUUCGAACUUCGAAGUGAUAGUGACACAGGCUGUUGGGCUGCUGCUUCAUCGGCUUACCCAUUCGUGUUGGAGAUUUCUGCUAUUUCACGUCCGUUAAUCCAAUCCUAAGUAUUGUAAGGUGAUGGGGAAGGACGCAAAGGCAAAAGACUCUGGAGGUAAGGGUAAGGGAAAGCAGACAGGGGGCGGAGGUGAUGAGAACUCUUCAAAGGGCAAGGGGAAAGGUGGGAAGGCUGCAGAUGGGCUUGGCACCUGCACAUAUGUCAAAGCAAGGCAUAUUUUAUGCGAGAAGCAAGGGAAGAUCAAUGAAGCAUACAAGAAGCUACAAGAUGGUUGGCUGGAUAAUGGAGACAAGGUCCCACCUGCUGAGUUUGCAAAGUUAGCUGCUGAAUAUUCAGAGUGCCCAUCGGGGAAGAAGGGUGGUGACCUUGGAUGGUUUCCUCGAGGAAAGAUGGCAGGUCCAUUCCAAGAUGUUGCUUUCAGCACACUGGUUGGAGCUACGAGUGCACCAUUUAAAUCAACGCACGGGUACCACAUUAUCCUAUGCGAAGGAAGGAAGAACUGAUGGAAUCCAUUACAGUUCCAAUGAAGUAUUAUCAACAAUGGUGUCUGCAGUGAAAUGAAAUGAACCAAUAUAGUGUAUGUCCUAUCUUUUGGAGAUAUGUUACCUGAAGUUCAGGCUGUAACAGAAAAGGAGGCUUGCCCAGUUGGUCCAGGGACGCACCUUGUUCUAUUGUUUGGCAUUUCUCUAUUCCUUUGGAAUGAACCACCUAAGUUGUCUGCAACUAUUUGAGGAUAAUUAGAACGGGGGCAUAUCAACAGGCCCUUUUAUACUUUUUAAUGAAUGGAGGUCAAUGUUUCACUA